CCCAUACCACUUAUUUCAUCAAUCUUUCUUCAAAAAUGCUUCAAUCAUGGCCGGAGGAAAAUCAAAAUCAAAGGCUUCCAAGAAGAAGGUCACCGCCGAAGCUUCAAGCUCUGCGCCUAAGCCAUUCCCCUAUCUUGAUGGGUCUUUCUUGGAGUUCGGGUCGGAGGAGGAACUCAACCAGUUCCUCACACACUUUGCCAAGCGUCCCAUUUCUCUGCUUAGGGUGCUGCCCGAGUUGUACCCUCAACAAAAGGGGUACCACGACCUUGACAAUCAGCUUCAAGCGUCGGGUCUGUGGUCGUUCGUCUCCAAGAGCCGUCAGUCCUACAAUCCCGCCUUCGUUAGAGCCUUCUACUCAAAUCUCCACCGGGAUGGGGACACCAUCCGCAACAGCAUCAAUCUCUACGACAUAGAGAUUGACUUGCCGACCUUUGCACGGAUCGCAGGGCUGCCCAUUCUAGGCGAUGACAUCGCAACAUACGGUGGCGACGAUUGGAUCCUCAACAACGAGGCAGUGGUCAUCCGAGAUCUAGGGAUCACCAAGCGCCUCCUCCUCUACAUCAUCACCCAGAUUCUUCGCCCCCGGGACAGAAGCCAUACCUCGCUCUUCAACGAGGAUUUGAAGGCGAUUCACGCAAUCAUCCACGGCGCCUCCAUCAAUUGGGCAAAAUUUGUCAUGGUACACAUGGCGGAUUGUGCCUCACUCGCCACCGAGCGGAGCUUGCCGUACGUCUUCCUCGUCAUGGACAUCAUUGUCGCCUCCGACAUCCACAUCGCCGGACCAAAUACAAAGAUGACGAAGAUUUGGGUCAUUCAAGACAGCACCUUGCGGAAGAAGUCCGGAGACCGAGACGACGCCGGACCGAGUCAUGCCCGUGUCCCCGCCCGUGCACCUGCCCCCGCUCCCGCCUGGGCCUCAUUGCAGUCCAUAGCCGAUACUCUAAAUCGGCUAACCCUCACGGUGGACGACAUGGGGCAGUAUAUGGAGCGGAUGGAUUGGACGCUGCAAUGUCAACACCAUGACAUGACGGCGUUCUUCCGUGGCAUCAACUACGUCCCGCCGUCGUUUGACACCACCUUCCUUGGCCAAAACUAUGAAGGCGAGGACGAGGAGGAUAACUCCUAUGCUCCGUCCUCCUCCCCCAACGAAGCCGACUUUGAGGACGCGGUCGACGGGGAUCCCAUAGACGUUGAGGACGACGAAGAAGACGAUGACGCCGAGAACGAGGACGCCGAUGCCUAGACUCUUCUUUUCUCUUCUCUUCUUACUAUGAUUGUAUUUUUUUUAUUUCCAUUCCGUUGUAUUCCGCAUUUCCCUUUUUAAUGAAUAAAAUAUUACUUUUAAACUCUAAAGUUCACUUUUAAUUCUUUUUGUUAAUGUCAAAAGGGGGAAGAUAUCAAGGUUAUGCAUAAAUUGAGGAGGAAUUG